AUGGCAGACGCUCCUCCCGACACAACAGCACCCAUCGAUCCUCCAGUCACCUUCUUCCGCCGCAAAGGAAACCGUUCAAACCAUCGUAAACGUCCUCCAACCCCUCCUCCAAAACCAUCCUCAGAUUCCGAUUCUGAUUACUCGUCCACCGAUGAAACUGGUGCAAAACUCCCCACAAAACGUCGAAAAACCAAGCACGUCGUAUCAUCUUCCUCGUCGGCUGCGAAACCCAUCGAGGAUACGAUCACAUCUCUAAACGGCCCGACAUAUGCAGCUGACCGUUCAGCUACAAUAUCAAAAUCAGAUGAUGCGACAAAACGUUCUAACUGGCACAAUGAAAACGAAGAAGAAUAUCUUAUACGAAAAUCAAAACCCCAGCCUGAGGAGGGCACUGAGGAGCCGACGGCUGAUGGUGUAUACCGUGGUUCAUCAGCCUACAAAUCCUUUAUAAAGAAAAACCCAGACUCCGUUCAAAACAAAGGCAAAAUGGGACCUGUCAAAGCUCCCACAAACGUCCGUCAAGUCGUAACAGUAGAUUUCGCGCCAGACGUCUGCAAAGACUACAAACAAACAGGAUUCUGCGGAUUCGGUGAUACCUGUAAAUUCCUACACGCCCGAGAAGACUACAAACAAGGCUGGCAGCUAGAUCGGGAUUGGGAAGUUUCCUCAAAAAAGAAACAAGGUGGAAAAGAUACCUCCAAAGGCGAUGAAGACGAUGAUGAUAAGGAACUAGCGAAUAUUCCGUUUAAAUGCGUGAUUUGUAAAGGGGAUUACAAAGUGCCUAUUGUGACGAAAUGUGGGCACUACUUUUGUGAGAAGUGCGCUUUGCAGAAGUACCGGAAGACACCAAGCUGUGCGAUCUGUGGGGCUGGUACGAAUGGAAUCUUUAAUACGGCAAAGAAUUUGCAGAAGAAGCUGGAUAAGAAGAGGGAGAGAGAAGAAGCCAAGAAGGAAGAGGAGGGUGAAGAGGGUGAACAAGCUGGAGCUUCAGGGAUUACCAUUGAAGAUCGUGUGGGCCAAAGCCGAGCUGUUCCUGCGUUGCCAACCAGCAGCCCAAAGGCGGUCCGUCGCGAAAUCGCAAGCUCCCACAAACCAUCCCACCAACAAGCUACCCACAUCUCAUCCACCAACCAACAGCAGCUUCACAUGGAGCCGUUUACGUUCGCAACUUCAAACCAGCUUAAGCUAAACGUUUCGGUCCGAAUACAAAACCUCGAAGGCCAGAAACCUUUAGUACCUUACUCCCAGCUACUCAAGAAUCCAGAGUUAAAGUUUGUGGGAUCGAAUUUAAGUCCAGUAUCAGAUCUAUAUAUCGCAGUCCAAGUCUACGGUGACAACAAGCCACUAGGAGUUCCGGUACAAACUGCUUAUAAAUCCUUCAAAGCAGCAAGAGUAUGGAAGGAGUGGCUCACUUUACCGGUUCGAUAUUGUGAUAUACCACGGUCGGCACAAUUAGCGAUUACGAUAUGGGAUCUUGGAGGUCCGGACAAAGAGGUGCCGUACGGAGGGACAACAGUACGGUUGUUUGAUGCCGAUGGAACGCUGAAGAAAGGUCGACAAAAGUUAAAAGUAUGGUUGGAUGUGGAAGCCGACGGGCGGACUGAGACGGCGACGGAUAGUAUUGUGGAGAGCAAUGACGAGAUGGAUCGCUUGGAAAAGCAAAUCAAAAAACAUGAAUCCGGCGAAAUCCCCCGAGUGGAUUGGCUUGACAACCUUGCCUUCCGACAAAUCGAACAGAUCCAAAAGAAGUCUAUCAAACGUACACAUGACCAUUUCCUCUAUAUCGACUUCCCGCGGUUUGACUUCCCGGUUGUAUUUUGUGACUUCGAGUAUCCUACACUAGCGGCUUUGGCGGAAGCAGCGGAAGCAGAGAAGGAAAAUGGAAUCGCCACACCAACGGCAAGCACCGGGCAUGCACCUUCUACUACACAAUCGGGAGUGGUCGGGAGUAGUAUCCCCGGAGAGCCAAUUCCUGCUCCGGUAGAUGGGGGCAUGAUGCGAGUUUAUGAUCCAGAGGCUGCAAGGGAAAGAGAUAAUCCAGCGGAAGCGAAACAUAUGAAUCUGGUCCGAAGCCAACGGAAUGGUCCCAGUGAUAGGGACUUGAAGCCUAAUGCUCGAAUCAGAGAUCAACUUAAUGAUAUACUAAAAUAUCCACCGACACAUGAGUUGAAUCCUGAUGAAAAGAAUCUGAUCUGGAAGUUCAGAUAUUAUCUCACUCGGGAUAAGAGGGCGCUUACGAAGUUUUUGAAGUCAGUGGUAUGGGCAGAUGCGAGAGAGGUCAAGGGUGUGCUAGAGUUGCUACCGAAGUGGGCAGAGGUCGAUGUGGACGAUGCGUUAGAGCUCCUAGGCCCGGCAUUUACGAAUCCAGCUGUGAGGACGUAUGCCGUUGCCCGGCUCAAGAAAGCGGAUGAUAACGAGCUCGUUUUAUAUCUACUGCAGCUUGUUCAGGCCCUCAAGUUUGAGAGACAGCAGACUGGAGAUCAUAAUUCGGAAUCUAGUUUAGCGCAAUUCUUGGUCACGAGAGCGUCAGAAAACGAGACUUUGGGCUCGUUGUUAUACUGGUAUCUAGCUGUAGAGAUGGAGUUCAAACGGCAUAAGAAGCUUUAUGAACGAGUGGUGUUCGAAUUUAUGCACCAGCUGGAAGCUACACCAGAGGCUCCUGAUCGGCCGAAGCGCAGUAUGCUAGCGCGGCAGGCGACGCUUAACAAGACGUUUAAUUCACUUGCAAUUGAGAUAAGAGACAUGAAGGCGAAAAGGGAAAAGAAAAUCGAGCAUUUGAAGAACUACAUUGCAGAUCCGGCGCACGGGUUGCUGAAUUUUGAGCCUUUGCCGCUACCGUUAGAUCCCAGUGUUAUUGCUGUAGGGAUGAUCCCCAGUGAAUCGAAUGUGUUUAAAUCGACGCUAUCGCCGUUGAUGAUGACAUUUAAAACAGCAGAUGGUGGGAAAUAUCCCAUGCUGUUCAAGAAUGGAGAUGAUUUACGACAGGACCAAUUGGUGAUACAGACAUUCACACUGAUGGACCAAUUGUUAAGGAAGGAGAACUUGGACCUGAAGCUUUCACCAUAUAAGAUUCUCGCGUCAAGUCCAACGAGUGGGAUGAUACAGUUUGUGGCGAGCAAACCGAUUGCUACGAUUGUGCGCGAGUAUAAAACAAUUUUGGAGUUCUUGAAGCAUCAUUACCCAGAUGGGAGCACCAGGGAAGGCGUUAAGGCUGAAGUUUUGGACAACUACGUGAAAAGCUGUGCGGGUUACUGCGUUAUUACUUAUAUUUUGGGAGUUGGGGAUAGACAUCUAGAUAACCUUUUGGUUACACCUGACGGAUUUUUCUUUCAUGCUGAUUUUGGGUUUAUAUUGGGACACGAUCCCAAGAUCUUUGCACCGCAGAUGAAGUUGUGCAAAGAGAUGGUUGAUGGGAUGGGAGGGAGUGAUAGUCUGCCGUUCAAGCAGUUCAAAGGGUAUUGCUACACGGCGUUUUCAAUUCUGAGGAAGAAUGCGAGUUUGAUAUUGAACCUGUGGACUUUGAUGAUUGAUGCUGGGAUUCCUGACGUGGAGAGAGAACCAGAUACGGCUGUGCUGAAGAUACAGGAGAAGUUCUGGCUGGAGAGCGGAGAGGAGGAAGCUUUGGGACGGUUUGAAGUUCUGAUUGGGGACAGUUUGAAUGCGUUGUUCCCGAUUGUGAUUGAUCGAAUGCAUAAUAUCACGCAGUACUGGAAGUCAUGA